CCUCCCUCAUUUCCUCUCCUCGCUCAUUUCCCUGAUACGACCGGGGUUUUGUCCGGAAAACAACAGCCCCCGUCUGCCUGCUCCACCCCUCACCCUCCCGGCGACCGACCGCUGCUGCUGCUGCGGCGGCGAAGACCCCGCGCGGAUUCCUCACCGCCCGAUCCGGCGAUGGACGCAGCGUCCAGACCUCCCCCGCCGCCCGGCGCCGGGGUCCGCGUCCGCGCCCCGCUGGUGGAGUCUGUCUCCUGCUAUUGCAGAUUAGAUACAGGCCUUAAAACUGUUGUAGAUGCUAGAAAGUUUGUUCCUGGUGCAAAGAUGUGCAUGCAACCUGAUGUCAAACCAAACAAGCGCAAGUCAAGGAGCUCAAGGAAGGAAAGGUGCAGAACACAAGCACCACUUUUACCUGGCCUACCUGACGACCUUGCUAUUGCCUGUCUUAUACGGGCUCCUCGAGUGGAACACCCCAAUCUCAGGUUAGUUUGCAGAAAAUGGAACCGCCUUUUGUCUAGGAAUUACUUUUACUCCCUUCGCAAGAAAAUUGGAGUGGCGGAAGAAUGGGUUUACGUCUUUAAAAGGGACCGUGAAGGGAAGAUAUCUUGGCAUGCCUUUGAUCCACUAAACCAGCUGUGGAAGUCGCUCCCACCAGUUCCAUCAGAGUAUUCAGAAGCAUUGGGCUUUGGCUGUGCAGUUCUGAGUAGUUGCUAUUUAUACUUAUUUGGUGGCAAAGAUCCCUUGAAGGGCUCUAUGAGACGUGUUAUCUUCUACAAUGCUCGGACAAACAAAUGGCACCGAGCUCCAGAUAUGUUACGGAAACGCCACUUUUUUGGUUCUUGUGUCAUAAACAAUUGUCUAUAUGUUGCUGGUGGGGAGUGCGAAGGAAUACAGAGGACACUGCAGUCUGCUGAAGUUUAUGAUCCUAAUAGGAACCGAUGGGCCUUCAUUACUGAAAUGAACAAUGGGAUGGUGCCUUUCAUUGGAGUUGUAUAUGAUGGAAAGUGGUUCCUUAAAGGACUUGACUCACAUCGCCAAGUGACUAGUGAAGCCUACUUACCGUCAUCCAACGUCUGGUCAGCCAUUGAUGAUGAAAUGGUUACAGGCUGGCGGAACCCGAGCAUUUCCUUCAAUGGUCGGCUCUAUUCAGCUGACUGCCGGGAUGGCUGCAAGCUUAGAGUAUAUGAUGACAACACAGGAACAUGGACAAGGUUCAUGGACAGUAAGCAUCAUUUGGGCAGCUCACGUGCCUUUGAAGCUGCAGCCUUGGUGUCACUCAAUGGGAAGCUUUGCAUUAUCCGCAACAACAUGAGCAUAACUCUUGUUGAUGUCUCGGAUCCAACUAUGAGUAUCGAGACUGAUAGUGCACACAUGUGGGAGACCCUUGCUCGGAAGAGCCAGCACAAGUCAUUUGUAGCAAACUUGUGGUCGACCAUUGCAGGACGGAACUUGAAGAGUCACAUUAUCCAUUGUCAGGUGCUGCAAGUUUGAGGGCAGCUAUUGUGAAUGGGAACAUGAUCAGAUCAACUAAACAUCAAUGGAACAGCUCUCCGCUAAAAGGUUAGUUGGAUUCCAAAGCAGAAUUAUGGCAAAAGAAGCUCAUUGACAUAUUGCCCAAACAAAUCCUUGUUCAUUUGAGGACCAGAAACUCCUAUUAAAGAUUCUGACAGCAUGGAGGAUAAUCAUUGGUUGUAAAAAGUGUAUCAGAAUUUUAUUGGAAAUCGGAAAGCGAGAAGAAACUCCCUAGUAUGAUGGUAGUCUAUUCAGCGUUAGGCAUGGGAGUUCAUUCAAUCAGUGGCGGCAGGCAGGGAAAAUUACAUCUUAAUUCAGGAUCUCCACCAUCGGUCUCUCUCUUGUCACUAUAAUUGUCUAUCUUGUAUCGUACUGCUUAAUGUUGGUGUAUGUUGUAGUGGCAGGAUAGCUAGACUUUAGGAUUAGAAAAGCUAUAAGCCUAAUGCUUAUUAUACUUUUGAAUUUCGUUUGGCCUGGCUGUUAUAUCUGAAUGUUAUCAUAUCUUAUCGAUGGGUGUUGGGGCGCUGCUUGAUUGCAA